AUGUCUGCAGAAGGCCUUAAUACCCAGGAGACUUCUCUCCAGAAAAUGGCUGACUCUAUCGGGCCUAUUAUCGACAAUUUCAACUCUAUACUUACGAAACCUUACAUCGAGAAGUAUAACGCAACACUCAACACUGUUCCGGUCGUCGGCCUAAAGGACAAUCAAAUCAUGUACAUCGACACCUCUGUCAGCAAAACCCCAUCGGGUCUUAGCGAUGCGUGGGCAUUGUUCAGUUCCCUCCCUACCGAUGCCAAGGUAUCCGACCUGACUCAAGUUCACUUCUUCCCCUUCAACGGCGAUUUCUACCUAGCGGUCGGCACGGCUGUAUGGAAGAAAGCCCACCGUUCGGAUCGAGAUCCCCAACUCUCGUCCGCUGUUGAUCAUUGGCCAAAAAUGUUUGUCGACGAAUGGACUAAAAUUGGCGAUGCCUGUCUCCCCGCACCGGAUUUGAAAUCCAUCGUACCAUUCGCAAUCCUCUCCGCAGACAAGAAUGCCAUUGCUUUCAAAGUGGUUCUCCUUGGCCAAGAUGAUACCAUACAAGUCCUGGCCUCGGACUCUUUUGGGGCAACCAACACUUUCGUUCAACUGAACUAUCUCAAAGGGCAGGGUUCCGAUUCUCCUACAGUAGCACCAAAGUGGACUCGUAUGGCUUAUUGGAACAACCAAAUUACCGCUCUCGACGAUGGGGAUAAUACCUGGGACCUUACGCCAGAUUUCACUGCACAAACAUACACCACUGAUACAAAGAUUCAUGUCGAUCACUUCACCGAAUUUACUGCUACUGAUGUCGGCCCCGUUGGCGUCGCACCGGAUGGAUAUCUCUACAAGCGCAUUGUAGAGCCACCGCCUACCAAUAAAGAGGAUCAAGACCCAACGUUGAAAUGGACACGGUGGAUUUUGCAAGACGGCGUCACCAAUAUUGGAGUUGCUUCACCUGGAGUCCUUCUGGAUCUGCACCUCUUGACCAGUACAUUGCGCUCUCGAUACCUUGAUACCCAAGCAGCUGUUUACCCGGCGGUAAGCAAGAUACUCGCUUUCGCCAACACCAAUAAGGUAUUUUUAGGGCAAUUGAAAGCACAAGCGGACAUUUACAAUUCGACCUCGAGCACAGACGGACAGAAGGCCCAGGCCCUUCACGCCGGAAAGGAGAUUUGUAUCCAUGCACAAGUAUGGGCAGGAAUUCUAAGUAGGUCUGUUGGAGGGUCGACUGUCGCUGUCAGUAUCAUGACAAAACAGCUCAAUGAUGUCAAGAAUCAGCUGUUGAUCCAGACGCAGCUUUUGAGGGAUAGACUUGCUAGCUUGCAAGCACAACUAUCCUCGCAGAAAGAAGCACUUUCAAAGUUGCAGGCCGCAUUUUGGGGUGCAGUAGCUUGCAUGUUUCUAGGUAUGAUUGUCGCAAUUGCAGGACUUGCUACUGGCGCAGGGGCCGCCCUUUUCGUCCUUGCUGGGGCCCUCUUUAUAGGUGGUCUGGUUGCCAUGGUAGCGCUAGGGGUUCAGAUGGGGGAUCUGGCAGGGAAAAUCGCCGACACAGAGAGUCAAAUCAGAACCACAAAUACAGCUAUUUCGGAGCUGUCGACUGUCACAGACAGUUUUGUAACUUUGGACCAACUCUAUGGCGAUUUGAACUCAUUUUGGGGGACCUUGUCAGAUGACGCAGGGGAAAUUGCGACAGAUGACGAAGCGACUAUGGAGUAUAUUGGUGCAGGCACUCUCGCUAUCACCGACUCCAUUAUUUCGGCGCAACAAAUUUCGGCCGAUAUCAGUGAUGCUUGUCAGAAAUAUCUCGAUGUUCUGCACAGGCAAGGUGUGAUCAUUCCUCCAACAUUCAUGGCAGAUGCUGCCACGCCCUCAAAUUCAAC